UCUCUAAAAUCAUCCACAGUUAGAUUGAAAAGUUUAUAUCAUAUAGAUCAUUCAUGUUAAUUCUUAAAGAAGUCUAAAUCAUUUGAUAUAUUACCGAGAUCCAUCAAGAUUAGCAGUUUAUACAUUUUUAUUGAACAUCGUUAAUCUUAAUCAAUAUUGUUAAUAAAACUACCAUGGAACCUACAUGUUUAAGAGAUUCAAUACCCUUACCACAUGAACAAAUAUACCAUAUAUUUCAUAUUUUUAUUAACAAUAUAAUCAUCAUAUUUUCUUCUUGUUUUGCUUUAAUCUUAUAAUCUAACUUAGGCCUUUUAUAAUGCCUUGGCAGCAGCUAUAAAUGCGGGUUGGUCGAUGGUAGUUUUAUUGCAUCUUAUCACUCUUCUUUAGUUCUUACUAACUAAGCAUUUAUAGCUUCUUAUCUUCAUCUUUUAUAUAAACAAACACAUUAUAUAUAGUACGGUUGCUUCAACCACAAUCUUUAGACAUAGAAAGAAACAACGUACACCUCAAUUUUGUGACAUACCCAAAUGGAGUUUAUGGCAAAUCCAUGCCCUUUAUUGGAUUUAUUUGUUAAUUUGGUUAAGAGGGUCAGAUGGGUUAGUGGCCUCAUCAUCUCAGUCAUCAUUGGAAACAUCUUCUGUGCGAUCUUGACAUUCUGCUUUGCAUUUGUGGGAACUUUGUUGGGGGCUAUGACUGGAGCAUUGAUAGGUCAAGAAACAGAGAGUGGCUUCAUACGAGGUGCUGCUGUUGGUGCUGUUUCAGGGGCUGUUUUCUCUAUUGAAGUCUUUGAAUGUUCUCUUGAUCUUUGGCAUUCUGAUCAAUCUGGAAUUUGUUGUCUCCUUUACUUGAUUGAUGUUAUUAGUAGCCUACUGAGUGGGAGACUUGUACGUGAAAGGAUAGGUCCAGCCAUGUUGAGUGCUGUCCAAAGUCAGAUGGGUGCUGAUGAAAUGAGCUUUUAUGAGUUUCAAAAUAUAUUUGACAUUGGAGGUGACAGAGGUUUAUCAGGAGCUUCAGUUGAAAAGAUCCCAACAAUCUCAAUCACAAGUGACAACAAUUUUGAUGCUUCUGGUGACAGAGUUUCAUGUUCAGUUUGCCUUCAGGAUUUCCAAAUUGGAGAGACAGUUAGAAGCUUGCCUCAUUGUCAUCAUAUGUUUCACCUACCUUGCAUUGACAAGUGGCUCAUCAAACAUGGCUCUUGCCCAUUAUGCAGAAGAGAUCUAUAAUUUUUUUAUAUUUUUUUUUAGAGUCUAGCGACAGACAUUAAAUACUAAAAAGUGAAAAAUUGUACAUUUAAAUUUGUGUGUGCCGAUCUAGCCACUAGGUUAUUUGACAAAAAAAUAUUGUGUGUGCCGCUAUAUAUCAAAUGUUAAUAUACUACUCUGUCCCAAAAUAUAAGGAAAAAUUGGUCAAAGAAAGUUGAUGUAUUUGAUUAAAAAUUUGGACUAGAUACAUCAACUUUAGUUGACCAAUUUUCCCUUAUAUUUUGGGACGGAUGGAGUAGUUUUUAA